GACUGGGGCAGGGGAGUAGAAGCUGUCCAUGGGCUUGGAGGGGAACAGCCACCAGCCGCUAAUCCACAGCCCUGGAAUGUCUGUAGGCCAAUCAGCAGGGUCUUUGGGGGGCUCCCUGAGGGUGCUAAUAAUCCUACAAUGAUUAGCAGGGGCCACAGGGUCAGUGCACACUGCCCUGCUUUCUGUGGUGGAGCAGGCUGCUCAGACACUGAAGCUGGAGUAAGGAGGCAUUCAGAAGAAGGGCUCUCCUGUCUCUGUCCAAGCCAGUGCACCGCUGAGGGGAGGCUAUUUGCACACAAUGAUGACUCACUAGCCUCCUCCUUUUGUCUGGCAGUUUAGCCUGACUCCUUCAGACUGUGAAUAGCUUCACGAAAGCCUAGGAGGCUAGCUGGACUGCUAGGAGAAGCCAUGUCUGCAGCACCAGGCAGGCUAAUGGUUCAACCGGAGCCUUCCCCGGGCCUGGGGAGCCAGAGCCGAUGGCUCCGUCUCUUGCUUGUGCUCCUGUCUCUCCUUGACAUCACCUGGACAGAGGUGCAGGCACCCCCGCUGCCCGAGCAAGCUCCUACUCUCCAAGAUCUGUGUCCUUGGGGUGGGGUCGCACUGUCAGCUGGCAACGGCGAUGUCCCAGGUGCUGCUGGUCAUUGGCCUAACCUUCUCUCCCGGCCCCCAGCCCUGAGCAGGAAGGAGAGCUUCUUAAUCCUCUCCGUUCACAACCGCCUGCGCAGCCAGGUCCAGCCUCCUGCAGCCAACAUGCAGAGAUUGGACUGGAGUGAGAACCUGGCUCAGCUAGCUCAAACCAGGGCGGCCCUCUGUGGCGCGACAGCCACCCCGAACCUGGCAUCGACCCCACAGCACACCCCACAAGUGGGCUGGAAUGUGCAGCUAUUGCCCGCGGGCUCAGCAUCGUUUGUGGAAGCGAUCAACCUCUGGUUUGCUGAAGGUUUGCAGUAUAGACACCGGGACGCUGAGUGUGCCCACAAUGCCACCUGCAUCCACUACACACAGCUUGUGUGGGCCACCUCCAGCCAGCUGGGCUGUGGUCGGCAUCUAUGCUUUGUGGACCAGAAAGCCAUGGAAGCCUUUGUCUGUGCCUACUCCCCUGGAGGCAACUGGGACGUGAAUGGGAAGAUCAUCGCCCCUUAUAAGAAAGGCAGCUGGUGCUCACUCUGCACAGCCAGCGUCUCGGGCUGCUUCAAGGCUUGGGACCACGAAGGCGGGCUCUGUGAGGUCCCCAGAAACCCAUGUCGCAUGAGCUGCCGAAAUCACGGACAUCUCAACAUUAGCACUUGUCACUGUCACUGUCCCGCUGGCUACACAGGGAGAUACUGCCAAGUGCGGUGCAGUGUGCAGUGCGUUCACGGUCGGUUCCGGGAGGAGGAAUGCUCCUGCAUCUGUGACGUCGGCUACGGGGGAGCCCAGUGUGCCGCCAAGGUGCACUUCCCCUUUCACACCUGUGAUCUGAGGAUCGAUGGAGACUGCUUCAUGGUGUCUUCCGAGGCAGAUACCUACUACGGAGCCAAGAAAAAAUGUCAGGGAAAAGGUGGGGUGCUAGCCCAGAUCGAGAGCCAGAAAGUGCAAGACAUCCUUGCCUUCUACCUGGGCCGCCUGGAGACCACCAACGAGGUGACAGACAGUGACUUUGAGACCAGAAACUUCUGGAUUGGUGAGUGCUUGGCAGUUGGGGUGUGGCAAUCAGGAGGACAUGAAGCCUUUAAAGGCUCCAGGAAGCAUGGACUGAGGUACCCCCCCCCACACUCACACCAACAGAUAGCAAGGGUAUGGAAAGGGUUUGGAACACGAACUGGAUCAGUAGUCAGGACGAUCUUCCGUGGGCAGAGGGCUACAGGGUGGAAUGAACCACCGUGGGGGGAGGGUUCCGGAGAGAGAGGUUUAACAGCUGGGGGCUUGAGAGGCAUUAGGCAGCUGGUUUUCUGGACUCUGAGAUGCUGGGCAACCUUGGCUACCCUGGUCCAGGGCUCACCUACAAGGCAGCUAAGGACUCCUUCCGCUGGACUACUGGAGAACACCCGUCCUUCACCAGUUUUGCCUUUGGGCAGCCUGACAACCAGGGGUUUGGGAACUGUGUGGAAAUGCAGGCGUCCGCUGCCUUCAACUGGAAUGACCAACGUUGUAAAACUCGAAACCGUUAUGUCUGCCAGUUUGCUCAGAAGCACAUUUCCCGAUGGGAGCCGGGGCCCUGAGCCUGGCCAGGCGGUUCUCCUGUCGGCCCCUGAGUGCACAAGUCAGUUUGCCUGACUGCUCACCUGUGUGAAACAAGGGCCUGGGUGGGACUGUACGUCCAACAUCCAAAGACAUCUCAGAUCUUGCACGAUGCUGGACGUUGGGUAGCAUAGUCACAAAGCCCAUGGGAAAUGAAUAGGGGCUCCUACAGGGGCCUAGCAUGGGAAAAGAAGAACCAGGGAUCCUCAGCCUGCUUUUGAUUGAAAAGUUGGGCUUCCAUGGGCCCCUGAAGCAAAAUCCAGAGCCAGUGGCCGGAAGAAGCUGUUUUGCUCCAUUCAGCUCAAACGUCCUUGGGCAGCUGGAGUUUUCCAAACUGGGAGACUUCACAAAAGAUUAAAUGAUGUUAUGAAUCAGCUGGCUUUGCACACGAUCGAUUUUUCUUCUUUUCUGUGUGUGUAUUUUGUUUUGUUUUUGUAUUGGUGUUGCAGUUAUUGUUUUGUUGCGCUGACUAAUUUCAAACUGG